UCGUGUUCUGUUGACACAAUGGCGCUGUUGUCUUUCGCGGGUAUUCCUGUAUAUGGUAUAGCCUCUUAAGCUAUGCAACGAUACUGUUUAUUUAUAGAGUGGGUCAAGUGUUCGCAAACAACGAACAACCAAGCGCUGUAUAAAGAAACGACGUGGGAAGGCGACGCUAACAGCCACGAUAAAACCGGCCGCUGUUCAAACCAGCAGUGAGCAAUUUCCCUCGGCGGGACACUGGACUGCACCUGCACUUUGGCUGACUGAAUGGACAUGUUUGUGGCCGAAUUAGCAAUUAUCUCCCAUAUUAUUGCUCAUUUCGGUUUUUUCACCACCUUAAAUAUCGGUUGAUUGGACCAGCUUAAAGUUACUCCAUUUCCGUGUGUGACAUCGAAGUGUGAUUAUGUGAACAUACCGAUGGGGGUAAACGGAACAGCGCCAUUCUGUUGUCCGGGAAGCUGUUCUUUGUGGACGAAUCACGCGCUAUCGGAGUCUUUUCAUCUGCCAUGCUGGAAUACAUAAUCGGGUUUCCAGCCUUAGUAUGUGAUCUAGACAUGAGUGUCCCUCCUGAAAUCGCUUUGAUCAGGUUUGAUGUUGUUGCCUUUUUGUAACCAUGGCUUCCAUAGCUUUGCACAAGUUACCCCUUCUCACCGCCGCUGCCUCAUGCAAUCUACCAGAGAGGAUAGUGAAUUCACUGUUUAUGAACCUUCUGGCCACUGUUACUAAUUACGGGCCAGUUUGAGAUUUGGGUCAACGACCCCUUUGCACAGCGUCCGCUUUGGGCAUUAUUCAUGGAAUGUUUCCGCUGAGGCACGAGUCUUCCUUGCGAGAUGACACACUCUGGUGAUAACUAACUUCUGUUUGGUCAGCUCUACCCGUCACGAACUACACCUGCAGCUGGUGUGACAGCUAUAAGAUGACGCAUAUCUGACCGAAUUUAAGGGCUUUGUUGGUUUGAUUGUAGCAGAACACAUCACGCAGUACUCCGUAAAAAACAGUGUUUAAUUUUAUGAAGGACGAUCCACACCAUCGAGAUCGAUGUCACCAAGGCAACACCCGAGUGUCCCCUCUUGUGGAAAGAUGGUUGUGCUGUUCUAGUUUAUCCCAGAUUCCCCACGGAUUUAUAAGGAGAUGGCAGUUCACAAGAACAUUGACCGAGGGUAUGCGUGGGUGGUGUUGGUCACCAGCUGGCUACAAGUGGUCAUCUCUGGCAUCUUCUACUACACAACGGGUGUGGUCAACACCGCCCUCCUGGAGAAUAUGCAGGAGGGCGUGGUCAAGACAUCGUGGGUGGGGUCUACCUUGUAUGGGACGAUGAUGCUCACAGCACCGGUGACUAGCUCUUUAACGAAUGUGUUUGGGUGCCGCAUUUCGGCAGUGGUUGGAGGUCUUCUGACUCUGGUGGGCAUGGUGGCUGCUUUCUUCGCCAAGUCGGUAGAUUGGGUGAUUGUGUCCUAUGGACUUACUGCCGGUCUAGGAAUCGGGUUCCUUGAUACAUCAGCGAAUGUUAUCAAUGGUCACUAUUUCCAGAAAUACCUCCCUCUUGCCUCGGGGCUACAGGUGUCAGGAGGAGGGUCAGGGAUGCUCAUAGGUGCUCCGUUAGUGAGAUUGCUGCUUGAUACGUUCGGUCUCAGUGGGACCUUUCUCUUACUGGGCGCCAUAGGAGCUAACACAUGUGUGUGUGGUAUGAUGUUCAGACCAUCACCGCAUGAGCAACAAGCAGGAACAAAGACAAGAGAGACACCGGGAGACUUGACCAAUAAUCUUGUGGAUCAAGAAGUAGAAGAACAACCAGAAGUCAGAACCAGUUGUCUGCAACGUUUACGUUCGACAGUCAGUGAAAUGAGGACAGUUUUGUCUAAUGUUAGCUUUAUGCUAUAUGUCCUUUCCUACACAUUAUGGGGAUUUGGAGAAUCUAUUAUAUAUGUACAUCUACCUAAUUUUGCGGAAUCCAAAGGAACAAGCCAACAAAAUUCCGCCAUGUUGUACACAGCUAUGGGAAUUACUAGUAUCAUAGCUCGUGUGUUGGCAGGGUUUGCUGGUAACGAUCCAGCAAUAGGAGUCUUCAUGCUACAUACAGGUAUGCUGGGUGUAGCGGGAGUCCUGAUUAUGAUGUGUCCCCUUCUGGCCAGUUCGUUCACACUGCAGCUCCUGUUCUGUAGUAUCUAUGGCAUCUACAGUGGUGGGCCUGUGGCCUUUUUAAACCCAAUUAUUGUUGAUCUGGUAGGCGUGAAACAACUGGCGACUGGAUACGGAAUGGUUAAUUUCAUUGGUGGCUUUGGAUUACUUCUCGGACCUCCGUUUGCAGGCUUCAUCAUGGACGUCUCGGGAAGCUACGACGUUAGCUUUGCUUGUUCUGGAAGCGCACUUGUGAUAGGAAGUCUACUGUCUCUGGGCAUACCGAUCUUUAAGCGACCAAGUGCAUCAAAUGUCUCCCGUGACAGGGAAAUGGACAUGGCAGUUUCUGAAGAAUACAGAGCUGUGGCAUGUGGAACAGAGGACCAAUAAAUGUCAUACACUCACUG